CCCUAGCCUUUCUGACGAUGAAUCUUCUCCGGCUUUUGGAAAGAUGUCAUCGUCCGACCGCGAGAAGCUCAAGAUGGAGCGUUUCAAAUGCUUUCCUGAACCCUAUAUUAAGGGGUUGAGGGGAGCAUCAUCUGGGCAUGUAGGAUACAUGUCUCAACUUGCUGCCGAGCAUGAUAACUGAAGACUGGGCCAAGUAGCUUAGAAAGGAAAACAAAAAGCUCGUCCAAGAUGUGACUGCGGCCGCUAACCAUGCUCAAUUUGUCAUUGGCCAGCAAGAAGUGAUGCAUCAGCAAACCAAGAUUGCCUUGGAAAAACGGUCAGCCGAAUUGGAAUCUCAGAACAAAGUUUAUCUCCUUCGGCUGAUGGAGAUGCUGGACGAAAGGGACUCUUUGGAACGUUACCUUCUGGACGAGAGGAACUCAGCCAUGACCAUGGCUGCUGAAUUUUACAAGGAAAACCUCGUCCUGAAGGUAAAAAACCAAGCCCUUCGCGCCGAAGUCGCGGACACGGUUGUGGCUGCUAAGGAGGCUAUGAAUAAUGUCAUAGACACCUCCAGAAACUGGGACGUGCAAGCCUUUGAGAUGAUGGCUAAGGAGGAGGAUGUCCCCCGGUAUGUACGCCGGCUGGACUUCCAAGAGAGCCUGCACAAAGCCAACGUCAAAGGGGAAGAGGCCCCCGUCUUCCAUGAAUCUUCCGAAGAUGAAGAAGAAGAAGAUGACAUUGAGGCUCAGAACGAAGAGGAUAAUGGCCAACCGGACGCUUAGCUUCUCCCCUUUCUCUUCUUGGCCGCAGGCCACUUGUAAUAUUUUGUUUUCU